AUGGGGUUCAGCAAGCUAUUUUGCCGGCUUGUGUUGGUUUCUGCAACCACGUCUGCUAAAUGGAUUGUUCCAGGAGCUCGAUGGAGAGCAACAGAUGGUUCACUUGUCAAUGCGCACGCAGGCGGUGUGACUGUGAACCCUGAGACUGGGAAGUUCUUUUUGUUUGGAGAAUACAAAGUUCAAGGUCAAGAAGAAGGUGGUGGUGUGAGCGUCUACAGCUCGGACGAUCUUGCAACAUGGGAGCCCCACGGUUUAGCAUUGACCCCAGUCGACGACCAUCCCUACAUUUCGAAGAAGGACAUCAUCCAGAGACCAAAAGUUGCAUACAGCAAGGCUACCAAUCAGUACCAUAUGUGGUGGCAUGCCGACAAUUCGACAUAUGGCGAAUUGCUCCAAGGUUUUGCCGUUUCCGACAAUAUCACUGGGCCGUACAGUUUUGUCGAUGCUACAGCGCCUCUUGGAAAUUGGUCGCAAGAUUUUGGCAUGUUUGUAGACCAAAAAGAUGGACGCGCAUACGCCCUUUACUCCAAUGGCGACCGCCGCGAAGGACGCGACGUCUAUCUCACAUCUUACAAUGAGAAUAUAACUGCUCUUGAAAAAGUCAUCCACCGUUUCGAUAAAUACGAUCUAGAGGCUCCCAAUAUCGUACAGACAGAUCAGAGCUACUUCGCCCUCAUGUCGCAUAAGACGGGGUAUCGACCAAAUAAUGUGGUAGCCUUCCGCGCAGAUUCUCUUGCUGGUCCCUGGUCGCAGCCCUUCAUAAUCGCGCCAUUAAAUACGCGCACGUACAACUCCCAGUCAGGCUUCAAUCUCCGUAUCAACGGUACCAAGAAGACGACCUAUAUCUACAUGGGAGACCAAUGGGAUUCCAUCUCGUUGUAUAUCUGGCUUCCACUUGAAAUCAACGAAGAAGAGAAAUCUAUUGAACUUGUCUGGCAUGAUGUCUACGAUUUGGAUGUAAAAACUGGCGAAAUCACGCCCAUCGAAGGCACUACCUACUAUAGCAAGGAUGCAACCACGACUGGAAGCGCGUGGCACCAGGAAGCUAGAUUCGCAAGCGACAAAGUCAUUGUCACUGGCAUCUACGGCAACGACAGCAAAGUCACCUUUCACAACAUUGAAGGUAGCGGCAAACCUCAGUGGGUAUCGUUUUACUAUCAAAACACGGACGAUAUGGGCUUCGGUGACCAACCUGGUGGCACUCCCGAUCGUAUCAAUGGAACUUGGCAGCUUCGUCGCAUCUCCAGCGUCAUUGUCAACAACAAGACCGAGGAGCUCCAGACACUGUACCAAAGAGAUACCCACAAGGGAAUUAUUCUGAGUACGCCACUUAUGCUUGAAUUGGAAAAGGGAAGUCACAACACUAUUACUAUUGGCGGUCUCUACAACGGCAAAGAUAUCAAGGGCGCGGAUAUUGAUCGUAUUGUAGUCUACCCGCCCGAAGAAUGA